AUGGAAGCUAUCAAGCAGACAUUCGCGAAGUGCAAGGCGCAGAAGCGCGCGGCCCUUGUGGCCUACAUCACCGCAGGAUACCCCACUGUUGAGGAGGCAGUUGAUAUCCUCCUUGGUCUUGAGAAUGGCGGCGCCGAUAUCAUUGAGCUUGGCAUUCCCUUUACAGACCCCAUCGCUGAUGGUCCCACUAUCCAGACGGCCAACACCAAGGCCCUUGAGAAUGGUGUUACUCUUACUACUGUCCUUGACCUUGUCCGCACUGCCCGCAAGCGCGGUCUGCAGACCCCUUUGAUGCUCAUGGGUUACUUCAACCCCGUCCUCAAGUAUGGUGAGGAGCGUAUGCUCCGUGACUGCAAAGAGGCUGGUGUCAAUGGUUUCAUUAUGGUCGACUUGCCCCCGGAGGAGGCUGUCCGUUUCCGUGACCUCUGCUCGAGCGCUGGUCUCUCAUACGUCCCUCUCAUCGCCCCCGCCACUUCAGAUGCUCGCAUGCGUCUCCUCUGCAAGAUCGCCGACAGCUUCAUCUACGUCGUUUCCCGCAUGGGUGUGACCGGUGCCACCGGAUCACUGAGCGCCAACAUCCCCGAACUUUUGAGCCGGGUUCACGAAUACUCAGGCAACGUCCCUGCUGCACUGGGAUUCGGUGUCAGCACUCGUGAGCACUUCCUGUCCGUCCAGGACCAGGCUGAGGGUGUCGUCAUCGGCAGCCAAAUUAUCACUUGCGUUGGCAAGGCUCCUGCUGGGCAGGCAGCCAAGGCUGCCGAAGAGUACCUGUCCAGCAUCACUGGACGCAAGCGUGAGCGUGAUGCCACCGGUGCCUUCACUCGCGAAAUCAACGUUAUCGAGGCCAUUGAGAAGGCCCAGCCUACCGCUCAGGUCCACCCCAGCAAAGUCAUCACCGAUGCCGAUACCCCCGCCGGACCUGGUCUCGCUGAUCAAAUUGAGGCACUCAACGUCACAAAGGAUGUCUCCUCCCAACCCUCUCGCUUCGGCGAGUUCGGUGGACAGUAUGUCCCCGAGUCUCUGAUGGAUUGUUUAGCUGAGCUUGAGCGCGGCUUCGACGUCGCUAACAACGACCCUAAGUUUUGGGAAGAAUUCCGCUCCUACUAUCCCUACAUGGGCCGCCCCAGCAGCCUUCACAUGGCUCAGCGUUUGACUGACCACGUUGGCGGUGCCAACAUCUGGUUGAAGCGUGAGGAUCUUAACCACACUGGAAGCCACAAGAUCAACAAUGCUCUUGGACAGAUUUUGAUUGCUCGUCGCCUUGGCAAGACCCGCAUCAUCGCCGAGACUGGUGCUGGUCAGCACGGUGUUGCUACCGCCACUGUUUGUGCCAAGUUUGGUAUGAAGUGCACGGUUUUCAUGGGUGCCGAGGACGUGCGUCGUCAGGGCCUUAAUGUCUUCCGCAUGAAGCUCCUUGGUGCCUCCGUCGUUGCUGUCGAGGCCGGCAGCCGCACCCUUCGUGAUGCCGUCAACGAGGCUCUCCGCGCUUGGGUGGUUGAACUUGAUACUACCCACUACAUCAUCGGCUCCGCUAUUGGUCCUCAUCCCUUCCCUACUAUCGUCCGCACCUUCCAGUCUGUGAUCGGAAACGAGACAAAGGAGCAGAUGCAGGCCCAGAUUGGCAAGCUUCCAGAUGCCGUUAUCGCCUGUGUUGGUGGUGGUAGUAACGCCGUUGGAAUGUUCUACCCCUUCUCCAACGACCCGAGUGUCAAGCUCAUCGGUGUCGAGGCUGCCGGUGAUGGUGUUGAUACCAACCGCCACUCUGCUACCCUCUCUGGAGGUUCUCACGGUGUCCUCCACGGUGUUCGCACCUACGUACUGCAGAACGAGCAUGGCCAGAUCUCCGAAACCCACUCGAUUUCCGCCGGUCUUGACUACCCCGGUGUCGGCCCCGAGCUGAGCAACUGGAAAGACAACAACCGUGCCACUUUCAUCGCCGCUGACGACAGCCAGGCCCUCGCUGGUUUCCGUGCCCUCGCCCAACACGAGGGUAUUAUCCCCGCUCUGGAGUCCUCGCACGCCGUCUGGGGUGUCAUGGAAACAGCCAAGGCCAUGGGCAAGGGCAAGAAUAUUGUGCUCAACCUGAGCGGUCGCGGUGACAAGGAUGUGCAGCAGGUGGCUGACGAGCUCCCCCGACUGGGCCCUAAGAUCGGCUGGGAUCUGCGCUUCUAG